UGGAUUAAACCAUUUAAGAAUAAAUAGAAGGCGUCAUACGUAAAUAAAGACUUAAGAGAACCACAACCAGAGGCACACGACCACAACUGUUUCCUAGCGAAGCGGCUAGAUCAGUUUAGUGCGACGUGAAACGUUAAGUGCGAAACAUGUAAAAAUCUGAUGCGUACCAUAGAGUAUAUAUUUUAAAUGUGUACUUCCAGUUUGGUGCAUCCAAAUUAAUAUGAGAUUCAUAACAAUAAUCUUGAUAUAUCUAAUAACGACCGUUUGUGCACAAAUCCAAGGGAAGAAAUGUUGUGCUACUGGACCCAACGAACUUUAUGAGAGUUCCUGUAAAAACGGUGAUUCCGUGGAUAUAGUCUGCGAUGCCAGUGUUAUUGAGUUCACCGUCGAAGAAUUGGGCUCAGUUACCAUCGAUGCUGAAGGUAACUUGGCCUCCGACGCGUUCGACGAAGCAUUCUCAAUACAACACUACUGUGCCUUGGAGACAAACGGCACAAAAUCUUAUCUGUUGUGCUACACAGAAGAUAGUAUUCAUAGUGUUUCGUUGACGAUAAACGAAAUCACCUGCUUCAUAUCGAUAUUCUUCAUAAUUUUAACAGUGACAAUAUAUUGCACCGUUCCGGAUCUGCUAGACCUUCAAGGUAUCUGUAUGGUCCACAGCAUAACAAACUUGGCAAUCGGUUAUUUUAUGUUAAUCUGCAUAAAUUUAAUCUACAUGUCUGGAGAGUUGUGCACCAUUGCGGGUUAUACCAUGUAUAUGGCAAUGAUGUGCGCAUUUUUCUGGCUCAACAAUUUGUCCUUUCACAUCUGGCGGACUACAGUGAAUCCAUCUUGUAUAAUUUUUAAACGAAACGUUAAUUGGAAAUUAGUUUUUUACAUUUACGGAUAUGGAGGGCCCAUAUUGAUGUUAUUCCUAAUAUUAAUCAUUCAUAAUGGAGGCCACUCACGCACCCACGAAUUGCAUCCGGGAGUAGGCGAGGCUCAGUGCUGGUUCAAAUCUGUCACCACGACUAUGUUGUAUUUUGGAUUACCCAUUGGCACGAUUUUAACAGUCAAUCUUGUCCUCUAUAUUUGGACCGCUAUAGUUUUGUGGCGGCAAUUGAGAAAUGUCGACGAGAAGGAAACGAAAGUGUUGCAGUACAGGGCGAAAAUGUGUGCCAAACUGUUCAUAGUCAUGGGAUUGACAUGGUUCCUGGAACUGGUUUCCACUUUCGUCGAAUCAAGGACUAGUAAAUACACAGUUUAUUUCAUAAUUUCAGACAUAGUAAACGGAUUGACGGGAUUAUCUAUUUUUCUGAUAACUGUGGUGUUUCGUAAAAAAGUAAUCAGAGGAUUAGCGAACAAACAAUUGUGCUGUAGAUAUAAAUUGCCAGCGGAUUGGAAACGAGCGAGAGACAGCGAAAUUGAACAUCUGCAACAAUCAGAAGAGGAACAUUCGCUUCAGUUACAAACAUAAUCAUUUUAUUGUACGUUGAAUGGAAACAUUAAGAAUAAUUUUACAAUUAUUGUGUCAAGUACUUAACAAACCAAGACUAACUUGCUGACAAUAUGUACAUUUUACCUUUAUUAAAUAUAAUCGUUAAAACAA